AUGGGAAAACCACCGAACCUAUACGCCUUUCCAAGCGCUACUGAGCUCGCUCCGAGCCUGCGCACCUACAUUCUCGAUGCGCAAAAUGCCGCGCUCGAGCGCCACCACGUCUUCCGCGUCGCAGUCUCCGGUGGCUCCCUGCCCAAGACUCUGGCGCAGGCGCUGCUGAAGGAGAAUGGCGGAGGCAAAGUGCAGUUCGACAAGUGGGAAAUCUUCUACGCCGACGAGCGCGCUGUGCCUCUCGACCACGAAGACAGCAACCACAGGCUGGUCAAAGAGGAGCUUCUGAACAAGAUACCCGCUGAAUUGGGAACGCCCAAGGUCUACCCAAUCGAUGUCAAGUACCUCGAUGACGUUCAAGAGCUAGCCGACCAGUACGAGAAAACGCUCGUCAGCGUCUUUGCUGCGCGUGACAGCGUCAAGCUGCCAUUGUUUGACCUGCUUCUGCUUGGUUGCGGACCAGACGGACAUACCUGCAGCUUGUUCCCUGGCUCCGAUCUACUUCGCGAGAGUGAGGCCUGGGUCCUCUCCAUCUCCGACUCCCCGAAACCUCCGCCGAAGCGCAUCACCAUCUCGCUCCCGGUCGCACAACACGCGCUCAAGAUUGCCUUUGUCGCUACAGGCGGCGGAAAGAAGGAAAUUAUGCGCCAGAUCUUCGAUACCGAUGAGGGACAGCAACUGCCGUGUGGUCUGGUCAACGCAAAGGGCGCAGAUCGCGUCAGCUGGUUUGUUGAUUACCCUGCCAUUGAGGGCGUCUCAUUCCCAGCUCGUCGCGGCAGUUUGUAG